UUUAUUGCUGUCCUCGGGCACUUGUGCCGAUUCAACCUACUUCAUCACACAUAUAUUAAACCCUUUCUUCGCUUCCCAUUCUGCUACCUUUCACCUACCUUCCGAGAACGUCAAAUUCACCGAUUGACUAUUCCUUACACUCGCUCUACCUACACGGGAUUGAGCCAAAGUCCUGUCCUGUUGUUCUAUCGCCGUUUCUUGUUACUAUAAUUGCUCCUGUUUCUUCCUUCCAUCCGCAGACAGUUGUCGUCAUUCAUCGUCGACGGUCUAGCCAUACCUUCCGCAAAGAUGGUGUACCCAAUCAAUUAUCGCCGCCCGGCGCGCGUCACUUCUUCCAAUGCCUCAAUCUCUGGUGCUGAGAAACAAAAAUCCAUCAAUGAGUCUGUCAAAUCCGGUAGCAGCAGCAUGUCGCACGGUAUCCCAGAAGCCUUGUCCUUUGACCGCAUCAUUGCUGGCGGCGUCUGUCCCCCUUGCACUGUGAGAGAUUUCAUGAACUAUCUCAAGUACAUUGAGCUGGCAGCCGAAAAUCUUCAAUUCUAUCUCUGGUUCCGCGACUAUUCCAAGCGCUUCAAGGAGCUUCCCGAAAGGGAACAGGCGCUCUCUCCCGUCUGGAGCGAUCCUGGCUCCGACUCCGACACCCAGCAACGCUCAAAGCGCGUGAAUCCGGAGGCUUCUGCUAUCUUCAAUGGCACAGACUUCGCUGAGAGUGGCACAGUUGCCGAAGCCGACAAAUCCAAUCCUUUCUUCACUCCGCCGCGUACACCUACCAGCAGUGAGCAGAGGCGUGACGUCGAGUCCGUAAAUUCUUUUGAUGACGUACCAUCGUCCAACGGGAGAAUCAAUCAUUCCCAGCGUGCUGCUGGUGCUUUCGAGGGCGUCGGCUUGAAGUGGAAGCCACUCUCUGUUCAGCCAUAUCGCGAAGAGAUUACCCGUAUCAUCUCGAUAUAUGUGGCUGAUGGCGGUGCUCGCCAGCUCAAUCUUUCCUCUAAGGAGCGCACCGCGCUUCUCCACGCACUCCAACACACCACUCAUCCAUCCGCUUUCCAAGAGGUCAUCACAACUGUCGAGUGGUCUCUCCGCUGCCAAGCCCAUCCCAAUUUCAUCCGCUGGACUAUCUGCAAUGGAAACAGGCCUCGCGUGAUCUUUGCCAGAGGCCUCGGUGUUGGUGGCAUCGUAGGCGGUUUCAUCGCCGCUAUUGUCAUCACCCUCAGCAGUGCCGGUCGUGCCUGGCGCGUGUUGUCUCUGAUUGGCUUCUUAAUUGGCAUAUCUACCUUGAUCGCGGCUUGGAAGGGCAUGUGUGUGGUUCUUCAUGGAAUGCACCACCGCCACCUUCGCCCAUGGGAGCUAUUCUCUUCCGACGAUGAACCCCAAGGUUAUGAUUCUAAGACCGAUUCUUACGAUUCAUUCGCCUCCGCCGAUUCAAGCAAUAGCUAUGAGGAUGAGCCAUGGGUUGCCAAGUACGAGAAGCGCAACAUCGUCCGCAAGGUCUUUGACCGGGAAGUGUGGAUCCAGGAGCCUGCUCUUCGCCAAAUCCAGGACACCAUUUUCGUACAAGCACUAAUUGGCGCUUUUGUCAUCUCGGCCGUCAUCGUCGGCAUCUUUUGCGCCUUCCCCAAGGGCAACUUCUUCUAGACACUACUUGUCAAUAUCUACAGCUUCAUCUACCAGAACAACACGCGGGAUACCCAUUAAUUUCAUUUCCUACUACAAUGAGAGAGAGAAAGGUCGCUCUCUGU